AUGAGGGGUCCAGAGAUGCGUGACCUUGUGAAUAAGGCACUACACAAGUCCUCUCUCAAUCACAUAAAGAGGCCACCUACUGCUAUGUCUGAGGAGGAAAGUAUAGCAGGUAUAAGGAGGACAGCACGUCCUUGCCAUAGACCUAUGAGACCUAUAGUUAUCCCUCCUACACCCCUACCUAGAUCAACCGGGUCUGAGGAUGCAGAUCCAGAUCUUGAGGAGGCCAUGUGGUGUGUUGCGGGUGGAAGAGUCAUGAAUCAGUUAUAUGAGGUUUUUAUAUUGUUGAAGGAGAAGCUAGGAGAGCUUCCUGAUGGGUCCAUAAGACUCUCUACCCUUGGGGACAUGAAUGGAGCUGUGUACUCAAUGAUUUGCCACUUACUGCCUGGAAAGAUAGGGGGAGGACAGGAAAACCCUCUAAUAUACAAUCCUCACUGGAGACAGGCCUCUGCUGUGUCACGGGUGACCCCUGCUCUGUCCCGUAUGAACAUCAAAGAGUUCUUAGCUAAUAUAGGAAUGGAGGGUCCCUUAAGGUAUAAUAAAGAGGAGGGUGUACUUGACUUGUGGGUUGUAACAGACUGUAGAUCAAUAGGUUGUCUUCCCCCUGAUGCGAGAGGUGUACUGAUUUCCAAGUGGGUUCCUGACCUGCCUGGUGGCUGGGGCCCUAUAGGGGUGUACAAGUUUCAGAAGGUAAAGGGCUCUUUCCGCUCUAUUUGGGGACAUUGGGAGAGGGGUCGUGAGAUGGAGGAAAAGAAGGUUCACUUUAUGGGGUUGGGCCACACAUCUCCUCAAAAGGCGUUAACUAGGCCCAUUGAGUGUGCAUUACUUUCUCAGACACUGAGAACACCAUGCUUUAGCCCCUUAGUGCCUGUUUACCAUUUAAUACAGGGUAAUCCUCAGGAUAGAAGGAUGCUGCGUAAUCUUAUAAUGAAGGGCUAUGCAAGUUAUGCAUCAAUGUUUCCAGCUACUCACUCAUACGGAGGUGCAGGAUAUGCUGACCCCUUGCUUGAGAGAGACAGAGAAAUGAGGAGUGAUAUAGUUGAUAGGAUAUCUGUCCUGGGGCUUCUCAGUGGCCUACUUCAUUAG